UGUGUGUGUAAGUGUGUAUGUGUUUAUGCAAUGCAACCCAUGUAUCGAAGCGUAGCGAAGGUGUGGUCAGACAAGUCGCUGAUGGCGUGGAAAAGUCAUCGAAAGAAGUCGACACAACUCGAGACAACCGACCGGUUGUUGUUGUCGUCGACUAACGAGUUAUUCUGUCAGUUGUUUCUUCUAUGUCAUCAUCAGCACCGGUAUGACACUACUGACAUCAACAAUAAAAAUGACAAUCAAUACGACAACGAUAACUAUGUGCACAACAAUCAUCGUCAUAGCCUACACCGUACUAUUAGCUACAGCUGUACAGGUGAUAGACACCAACAACAACACCGACAACAAUGUCAGUACUGCCAAUAGUAGUAACAAUAAUAGCACCGGUAGUAGUAGUAGUGGUGCUUAUAAUGAUGUGAGGAGUUGUGAUCAUCAAAAAUGGUUGUCGUCCGGCGGCUGUGAGGACAGUGUCGGUUCGUAUUGCAAUACGACAACCAACCGGUGCGAGUGUCGCCCGGACUAUACUAUCUCACUGGACGGCCGAUUCUGUUUGCAGCGGCGCCUAAACCUAUCCGAUUCGUGUAUCCUAUCGGAACAGUGUCCCAUUGGCUCUCUUUGCUACUACUUCAACACUGCUACCACCAGCACCAGUAUACAACUGUCCCGCGAAACUGUACGCUACUGGAUCCGACCUGACCUACCUCUAUCACCGGAGGGACAGUGCCGGUGCCCGGAGACACACUACCAAACAACUGACGGGGACAAUGGCAACAAAGUUUGCCAAAAACGCAAACUCAUGGCCGAACCGUGCAGUUCGGACUACCAGUGCAUCCAACCGGACAGUGUAUGCAGCAAUUCGUCCGCCGACACUAGCUUAGGUGAUGACGGCGCCCGUGGUGGUGGUGGUCAGCACAUGAGGUGCCAGUGUAACCAUACGUACGUGUUUUCCACAAUCAUUGGCCACUGUGUUAAAGGGAAAUAUCUCGGCGAAAGUUGCGCCGGUCGUGAGGAAUGCCAAUACUCUGAGGAGCACAGCUGGUGUAUCGACAAUAUAUGUCUGUGCGGUGCCGGCUAUACGCCCGAUCGCAACAGUUUCGAUGGCCAACCCCAGUGCACAAUCGAUACGAUGGCCGUCGAAAUAGUUGUCCCGCAACGGGUUGCCGACGGCGACGACGAUUAUGACUCGGACGGCGACAUAGAUUAUAUGACACUGUUGUUGGCCGGUGUAUUUGCGACCGCGUUUGUAGUGGCCAUCUACGUUGCCCGGCGUAAUCGCAACUAUAUUAUGCAAAUGAUUCGGCCGAUAGUGAUGGCCGGCGAUGAUCUGACCAAUGGUGGUAGUAGUAGUAGUGGUAGUGGUAAUAGUGGCGAUGAUGGCCACUGCGAUCCGGUUCAUCAUCGGAUGAUACCGAUGGACAACAGUGCCGAUAGUUUUACGGCCACUACAGACGGUGGUGACGGUAAUGAUGUGGUUAAAGCUAUUUAA